AUGCUGAACCCUCAGAGGUCCCUGUCCGAGUUGCCGAAGAUGUCUGCCGCGAGCCAGGUGGAGAGAGCCGUGCUGGAGGAGGAGUUCAACUGGUUGCUGAAAGAAGAAGUGCAUUCAGUCCUAAAGCAGCUCCAGGAUGUCCUGAAGGAAGCCUCCAGACGUUUCUCUGUGCUGACACCAGGCCUGGAGAGUCAGCUCAAGCAGGAGAACUUCAUCCUCGGCAGCUCAACCAUGGAUCAGGUGAAGGGGGUGCUGACUCUGCAGGGAGAGGCUCUGACUCAGGCUGACAUAAACCUGAAGGUUGCAAAGAGCAGCCAAGUGCUCCAUUUUCAGUUAAGAGAGGACAAGCAGUGGAAACUGCAGCAGAUCCAAGAUGCCAGGAACCAUGUGAGCCAGGCCCUGCAGCUGCUGAGCAGCCGGGACGACAGCUACCACUUCAAGACGGGCGCCGAGAUCAAUAAGCUCAUGGAUGCAGUCAUGCUGCAGCUGACCCGAGCACGGAACCGCCUCACCACACCGGCGGCCCUCACACUGACCGAGCUGGCCACCAGCGGUCUGAUGAAAAUGUUCUCUCCUCCCAUGCCGGGCGACGUGAUGGUCAACUUCUACAUCAACCUAAGCAAACUGUGCCUGACCGUCUACCAGCUCCAUGUCCUGCCUCCCAACACCACCAAGAAUUUCAAGCCAGCAGGAAGCUCGGUGUUGCACAACCCAGGAGCCAUGUUUGAGCUCAACAACAACCGCUUUGAAGUGAGCCACGUCCACAAAGUGGAGUGUGUGGUGCCCUGGCUCAACGACACGCUGGUGUUCUUCACCAUCUCCCUCCAGCUCUGCCAGCAGCUCAAGGACAAGGUGGGUAACGAGCCCCACAGCAGCAGUCCUUCAUCCACUUCAUCUACCCAUUUAUCUUUGACU